AUGGAAAGUGUCUCGUACCCCUACCCGCUUAUCCCAACACCUCCCGGGGACUGGCAGAAGAGCCUUCACGAAAUGCAAGCCAUUCGCAUGGCUGCAUUGCACAAUAUCAUUAUUCGUUCAUUUAAUGCGAUUAUUUACCAUGCGCCAAAUGUCACCGAGGCCGACGUACCCUCAUUUAUCAAGUUCUGCCGGGCGGUGGCAGAUGUAGUUCACGAGCAUCACCAGACGGAGGAGGAAGUCAUGUUUCCGUAUUUCGAGGAGAAGCUUGGAAAAGGUGCAAUGGACGCGAAUGUCAGCCAGCACCACGACUUUAUGCCUCAUUUCGAUCAAUGGAACGAGCACUGCAAAAAGAUUCUCGCCAAAGAAGAGGAAGAGUACAGAUACACUCUCGGCGCAGUCGAUGAAAUUCCUACCUUGGAGGUCAGCUGGGUCGAUAGCAUCCGUCAUGAAAGCACACUUACUGAUGCCGAAUUACGCGAACUCGAGACCCGAAUUGCGAAAAAGAUUCAAGAAUGUAUCUCGGUUUGGAUUUUACCCAUUCUGUUCGUUAGCGGAGACUUGAGUUACAAUUCGUGGUUCCCCGACGAGGCGUUCGAAGCUCUGCGUCACAAGGCUCGUGAUGCAACUCCGUUUGUAUCGGCGGUCGCCUCCUGCGAGGUGUUGGAGGAAACCCCAAAGUACAUCAAGCGAAAGGUGGCUCUGAAGACGGGCCUCGAGAUGAUAGAGGAGAUAGACCUGUACGCGCCCAUCGCUGGUAACGUUCAAAUCGAACACGGGGGUAUUCAUCACAAACCUCAUCUCCGAAAAUGCUGA